UUGAUUGAUUGAUUGAUUUUAUUUGUCAGGUAACUAUUAACAAGUACAAGAAAAUAUGAACAGAAGUGUAUACCUUGACAGGAUUACCCAUGAAAGCCGAGAUGGCUUAUUUCCAAUGGGGUCCUUACAUCAGUAAUUGAAGACAAUGUACAUCUAUGAAAAAACACCUAUAGAAAUCUACAAACUACAUCAAUUAAGUCUAGACCACUAAAUUAACACGAUGAAUUGUAAAACUUAAUAUAUAAAAAUACAAAAACAAAUAAGUUUGUCAUGAAAAACAUUUACGCAGCCAACAAAAUAUGAUUAAAAUAAUUGUAAAACAGGUUGAGUUAACGAUCAUUAUUUCUAAGUUACAUAUGAAAAUUAUACUAAUAAUCAGUUUUUAAGUAGCGCUAAAUGCAUCGUAACUAAUACAAGAUUCAUGAAUCGUAAAACCUAAGAUAUGAAAAGGUACGAAUAAGUUAGACAUCAAACUUUCACGCAAACAACAAAAGAUGAUAAACAAUGUAAAACAAGUUGAUUAAAUAAAUCAUAACUAAAUAGAUUAUAUAUAAGACUACACGAUACACAUGAAAUUAGAAAGAAUAUUUAACAUUACAGAGUGGAGACAUUUUUUAAGUGUUGUUUCAAUACUCUUUUAAAUUGUGUAAAAGUCUUGACCGAUUUAACAUGAUUAGGGAGGGAAUUCCCAAAAUGUAUACCUUUAUAAUAAAAUGUGUUGCCAAUUUGACCUUUUCUCAUAGGUACCACAAAGUUAAACAGGCUAUUUCUUGUUUCAUGCCCGUGAAUAUUAGAUGACCGUGUUAAAUUUUUUGAUAUGUAAUGAGUACAGCGGACGUUUAACGGAUGAAAACAGACAUAGAACGUUUGAUGUUCGGAUAUGUCGCGUAUAUAUCGUACACUGCGGAAAGUUCAUCCGUUCUGAAAGUUUUGUGCAGCUCAAAACUUUUUGCGCGGAUAAAAUCACAGUGGAUGGAUGCUCGAAGGAUAGAGCUUAUGAAACACGUAUGCAAUGGGUACAAAACAGAUGCAUAGCCUAUUCCAACGGAUGGCAAUAUUUUUUUUCCCGUUUAUAUCCGCUUUGCAUCCGCAAGUGCAUCUGUGGGACCCGGCCUUUACGGGAUGCAGAGAAUAUGUAAAACGGAAAAUAAUCUUGGCAUCCAUUGCAAAACGUUAAGUGUCCGUUGUGUACUCUUUGCAUACGAGCAUCCGUCCUCUUUGAUUUCAAUGUUCGCCCAUUUUGUCCAUUGUCUGGAGCAGAUGAAAACGGAUGGAACCACCCCCAAAUUUUGCUUGUCCGCUGUAUCCGUUAUGAAUACGCUUUGUGUCGGUUGGCCAGUGGGACCAGGCCUUAAGUGACAGAUAAAACCUGUAGAGGGCCUACUAUUAUAGAUUUGUGUCACAAGUGGCCUCCAUAGUUAGGCCACAACUUUAAACCAGGGUUCAGAAUAUGUGUCCGUGUAUUUUACGUCCCAUGUUCAUUUCAUUUCAUUUUAUUUAUUUUAUUUCAACACGGUAAACGAACUUCAGCCAAUGGCUGUUUUUCUGAACGUCCGUGCAUACAUAUUAAAAUCACAUUACAUGUAUAUACAAUUAAGAUACAUAAUACAAUAUAAAUAUACAAUUAAAAUAUCAUCAAUAUUACAAAGAAAAACAAACACACAGAACAAACAUGUUUACAUCACUCUGGCGUCCAAUCUAAAUAUGUUGAAACUUUUUAAACCUUGCCCUUUAGACUUCCCUUUGUGUUGUUUUGUUGACUGUGUUUCUACUAACAUAACAUGAGCAGAGAUAUACCAAGUUCAGAGACCUGCUAUACAUGCAGUAUGUGUGAGAUAAUUUUCCGUGAGUUGGCGGCAGAUCCUAAGAAUUGUGUAUAAAUGUCUAUUUAAGCUUUGAUACAUGCGUGAGACUUGGCCCGCAUGUCUGCAUGAGGAUUCUGUGCACAAAACAGUAGUAUGGCUAAUCGUGAAUCUUUCAGUUCUGUUAAGUAAUACGCAGUCACACCAACGAAGCCCACUCCAAAACGACCGAUUUAAUGUCAUCGGAAAUAAAGUUUUAUUUUGUUUGAUCCGCAUCCGUUACAUUCGCCGUUGUGACUGAGACAGGGUCUUUGGCUCCCCGGUAUGCCCGAGCUAUCAAUCCCUUUCUAAUAAAGCGCUGAUUAUCAGAUGUCUUUGUCCUUUGGUCAUUGUCGUUAUCUUCUCAACCGAACAAGCUUGGAUAUAAUAUACCUUCCUCAUAAACAUGUAGUUACAGCGUUCCAUUUUAGAAUCGAAAUGGAUGAAAAGAACCGAACGAAUACAGGGAUAGCCUAUAGCCGUACUACCAAUAGCAAUAGCUACCUUGCUGUACCUUGAGUUUCUCCUGAAAUGCAAGGCUAAAUCCAAUCAAAGGCAUGCACAAUCUAUUCUCAAUAUAUUGCACUCUAUCUACGGAAACGGUCGUCAUUUUUGUUAUUUCUUCUGUGAUCGCUUCGUUCCUUAUUGCGAAGUGUACUUCGGGGAAACGCAUCAGACGACCUCCCGGUCCGUGGGCAUGGCCGGUUGUAGGGAAUCUUCCAUCGAUACUCCUCGGAGGGCAGCCGCACCAAGCUCUCGCUCGAUUCGCUGAGAAAUAUGGACAGAUUAUGAGUAUAAGUCUAGGACCUGGUCCCAAUGUUGUUGUGCUGACUAGUCUGGCUGUUGUGAAGGAACUGCUGGUGAAACACGCCGACUGCACCUCUGACAGAAGGAUACCGCCCCUGCUGGGUCUGGCAUUUUCGACGAAAGGUAGCGUGAUAUGGGAAAAUGGAGAUAAAUGGAAGUGCAGUCGACGGACGGCGCUUUCGGCAUUUCGGAGAAGUACGAGCACGUCGUCAAAUUUCGGCGCCACAGUAAGAAGUUCUUUGCAACAUUUGCGUUCUUCUCUGCAACGCCUCGACGGUCACCGAUGCAACCCUAGAUCCGAAAUCACCACGGCUAUUGCCGAAAUCAUUUCCUCUAUAUGUUUCGGACAUUGCGUCGACGUCCGAUCAAAUCCGGAGGUAAUCGAAGUUAUUCGAGCUCAGCAUAAUCUAUCGAGCGGUCUGUCGGGAAUAUCACUCGGGCAUAUUUUCCCUCGUCUCUACCACACACCGCUGUACAACAAACUCCGUCAAGACAUUGAUCAGUACAAACGAUUCAUGAAAGAAGUUGUGAAAGACCACAAGCGAAAUCAAGUUAGCAAUGACGGGGAAAAUGGAGAUGGGAUUCGUAAAAACAGUUUUGAGGAUGUGACAGAUCGCUACCUUCAACAGAUGCAGCACGGUAGUAUUGUAGCCGUGGAGGAAGAGGACAUUUGGAGGGUGAUGUUUGACCUAAUGGGGGCUGGGACAGAGACUACUUCGGAAACACUUCUUUGGGGAAUCCUAUACCUCAGUCUUUACCCAGACGUCCAGAAACAGAUUCAUUCGGAGAUUGACGAGAUGACUCUAAAAGACUCCGAUGACGUCAUACAUUACGACCAGCGCAAGUCUCUGCCGUACACGCAAGCCGCGAUACUGGAAGUGCUCCGAUGCGCGUGCGUCGCACCGCUCUCCUUACCGCGUGUAACAACAAGGGAUCUCACCGUCAUGGGAUAUUCCAUUCCGAAAGGGGUGGAGAUUUGGGUGAACGAGUGGGCUAUCAACAGGGAUAAAAACAUCUGGAGUGAUUCAAACGAAUUCAAUCCAGGAAGAUUCUUGGACGACUCCGGUCGAAUUGAUCCGAAGAGAAAGGAGUCAAUAAUUGCUUUUGGAGAAGGGAGGCGUAUGUGCCUUGGUCGAUGCCUGGCUGAACACAUGCUGUUUAUGUUCUUCACGAAUCUCCUGCGACGGUUUUCGUUUCGAUUACCCGAAGAUGGCCGAACCCGUCCGAACGUAAACCGAGGCAACUUUGGCCUCACGUACAGCCCACCGCUGUUCGAUGUCAUUAUAACGCCAAGAGACAUUGAUUGAAACAGAAGAAAGAUGUAAGAGUAUCAACGAGGAUGGCUCAACAAAUUCUGUUGGAUAAUUAUGUUAUUAUUGUAGAUAAAUUUUGAACAACGACAAGCCACCAUGCCUCAACUGGAUCAAAACAAAUGCCGAUAGAUUUUUACAGUACGUGAAUAUCUGGGCCCACUCUUACAAAGAGUUGCGAUUAAUCCGAUCAACCACAACUAUGGACGGCCAGCUACAUUAAUAUCUAAAAUUCAAGUCUGCUAAAAAUAUUUACUAGAUAUGAUGUAUAUUAAUACAUUCAUCAUUCUCUUGAAAAUUCAGUGUGAUUCUUUUUGUUUACUAAAGAGAUUGUGCAAGUUUCUUGUAGAAAAAAUUAUGGUAUAGAUAGAUUUCCAUACAGUUGAGGUUGAUUGGAUCAAUCGUAACUCUUUGUAAGCCGGGGCCCAGUUCAGUUUAACCAAGAACUGAAAUCAUAACUUCACACAAAACUCCAGACAUAUGAGAUGUAUCCAAUAUUUUGGUUUAUUCUCAAUAGAAAACAGUGAGAAGAUAGUACUUUUACAGGUUCCCUCAUAAACAUGUAAGACACUUCGUAAGAAUCUACAUCUCUUAUCGAGAUUGUCUACCUUGAAUAGCCUACUAAUAAAUAAGGGGCAUUCCUAGCUGGACCUUUCAGCCGCCAGCGUGUGCCGAAUUAUGAAUGGUCAGCCGUUUUUUUUUAUCCUGUCCCGUAUAUUGAUGUCAAGAAUUGACUUUUGUUAACAUAUAAAACAAAGAUUUCUUGAUUUAACGAAGCUGAAUUCUUUAUAUUUUGUGAUAAUGAAAGGCAAUUCUUGACACCAAAAAAUGUGAUUAAAUGAAGAAAAAAAAACAGCUCACCAGUCUACUUUGGUAUACACUGGCUUAAAGGUCCAAGUGUAACGGCCCCUUUAUGAAAUGAUGAUAAUUAAUGAAUACAUGGUCUAUUUCAGAUGAUUUAUUCUGAGUACAUAUAUAUUUUUUUAGCUUGUAUAGCUACUUACUUGUAGCCACAAGCUUUGUUGAAACAAUAUUAAAGUGGUCUGAAUUGCAAGCCUAUCACAGACUUAAUACAGAUAGUGUACUAUGUGCCGUAUAUCAUGGACUUCAUAUAGAAGAAUAAUUGUGUCUUUAUGUGCCGUACCAAACCAGUCGUAACUCGUGGUAGGCUUGUCUUCAGACCCACUUGUUGGUGGAGGAUCGAUAAUGGUUUGUGCUGGCAAUACCCAGCAGACUACAUGGGGUAGGGAUAAAAUUACAUUACCUGUAAAUUGGAUAGAAUAUAUCUUAUUCAUUAUCACUAU